AAAGAAAUAUUGAGCGAUGAGAAAUAUCAUCAACUAUUAUUGAUUCCAUACGAUGAAUUCAAAGAAGUUUGUAACGGUGAAUUUUCAACAGUAUACCAUGUAGAACGAUCGUGCAAUCUUUUCAUAAAAUCGAAAUUCACUACAUCAAAUUAUGAUGAAUUUAUAAAUAAG